GGCUCCGCGUCCAGCCGGCCGAUGAAACGAUUCAGGGCUCCAAACAUGCUGUAUCGAAUUCAGUGUGGGCUAGUGUCGUCUGGACAGGUGUUGGGAGACUUCACGAGGCGCAGUUGGACUCGGUGGUCUGUUGGAUGGAUAGAUCGGGUGCAAACGGGACAAACACGCUAUCGACCGCGUUAUCGGGAUUGAUCCUGACUUUCAUCAUCUUCGUCCUCUUCUUCUGGUGUCAAACAAAAAGAAUAGAGAAUAUUAUGAGCGAUGGGCGAUUCUGAUGGAGAGGCACCCUCUGAGGUCCACCAUUACAACCAUAUCAGUGAAGUUCCCUGGGACAUUCAAAACUACUGGCGACAACGCCAUAACAUCUUCUCCAAAUAUGACCAGGGGAUCUGGCUGACCGAUGAUGCCUGGUUCGGGGUGACUCCUGAGCCAGUGGCAACCCAGCUCCGCCCCCCCGGGCGCAGCGUCCUGGUUGACGCAUUUGCCGGCGCUGGGGGUAACUCCAUCGCGUUUGCGCUCUCCGGGAAGUGGAAGCGCGUCUACGCCAUCGAGAAGAACCCGGCUGUCUUGCGGUGCGCGAAGCACAACGCCAAGAUCUAUGGGGUGGCUGACCAGAUCACCUGGUUUGAGGGAGACUGCUUUCAAAUCCUGAAGAAUCAGCUUAAAGAUCUGGCGCCGUAUAGUAUUAUCUUUGCGAGUCCGCCGUGGGGAGGCCCUGGAUACCGAUCGGAUCAGGUCUUUAAUUUGAAGACCAUGGAGCCCUACUCGCUCGAAACGCUGUAUGCGGAGUUUUCGGCCUUCUCGGAGCACCUGGUUCUGUUUCUCCCGCGCACGUCGGAUAUGAAGCAGCUGGCUAAGUUUGUUCCCGCUGGGCGCCCUGCAAUGGUGAUGCACUACUGUAUGGAAGGGGCUAGCAAGGCGCUGUGUGUGUACUAUGGGGGAUUCAAUCUGGAGUGAUUUUCGUUUACCAUUUUCUUUAACUCUUGUAUGAUAGUGAUACCCUGGCU